GUUUGGAUUUUUUUGGGUUGGACUCAACCUCGAGUACUACUACUGCCAUGGAGAGGCCCUACUCGAGCAGUGGUAUGGUGAAAGGAAAUAGUGGUUCUAACAGCUUCCACUUUGAAGAAGAUCGUUCAAGCCGAACUUCUUGGCUUGCAAAACAGCACUACACAUGUAGAUUCUGCAAUAGGCAAUUCAGAUCUGCUCAGGCUCUUGGGGGUCAUAUGAAUGUUCAUAGGAGGGAUAGAGCUGCAAGGCUGAGAUUCUUACCUUCAUCUGUUUCUGAAUCCCAGAACCCUAAUCAUGUUUUUGCCUCAUCGCCUUCAUCUUCUUCAGCUAAGUUCCUACUGCACACAGAUCGUCGCUUGCCUUCUUUAUCACUCAUUACUUCAUCUUCACCAUCAUCGGCUUCAACUAAUGAAGAGAAGAAACUGCUAAUAAGUUUACCUCGAGUUGAUCCCUUGAGUCCUCAAGGGAAGGAUAUUACAAAUAAGAGACGGAUCAGAAGUGUUCUAGGGUUUCAAGGAUUGAACGUUUUUGCGCAGAAAGAUGAGCCUACGGUUUGCAGGAAGGAAAGCAUAGUUAGUUUGGACUUGGAGAUUGGCUUACUGAAAGACCAGAAGGAAGAUCUGGAUUUAGAGCUUCGACUUGGUUGGUAUUAGGUGCAAUCUUCAAUCUCCUCUGCUUUCUCCCUGCCUUAUUAGCUUCUUAGACACCAAACGAUGGCGGCCGGUACGUAGAUGCAUGGGUUAAUCUUGAGAAGAUUGAAUUAUAAUAACUAUUGAAUGUAUUGGAUGAUAGAAAGUACUGAUCAGGACUAGUCUACCAUUGCCUCUUAUAUUCCACCAGCUGAUCACUAAUGUUCAUCCUUCUUGAUCUCUUUAAUUUGUAUUUUUUGGUAGGUCAUUGUGUUCUUGUAAUAUACCAAAUGCAUGCGUUGAAUAGCUUUCAUUGUGAGCAAAUAUGCAUAGUAUUGUUUUCAUGAUGAAUUACUGUGAGGUUAACUUUGAUCUUCAUAACAUUUUUCUCCGUUGUAAUUUUGAUUAAUUAGUGUGUGGUGGGGUUGUCCUUGUUAGGUUAAUUAUUAGAUAGGUGACUAUUAAAGUUGG